AUGAGUCUGGAUGCUGAUGUAACUCGCCCGCUUCUCUUUGAGAUCGCCUGGGAGGUUGCCAACAAAGUGGGCGGAAUCUACACUGUCAUCAAAUCCAAGGCUCCCGUCACUUGCAACGAAUACGAUGACCGAUACUGUCUGAUUGGUCCACUGUCAUACAAGACUGCUCCUUUGGAAGUCGAGGAAACUAAACCCUCUUCUGCAGCCAUGCGCUCGGCUAUCGAUAGUCUGCAAUCUGCUGGCAUCAAAACUCUGUUUGGUCGCUGGCUGAUUGAGGGAUCGCCCUACGUGUUGCUUUUGGAUGUUGGAUCGGCUUCCUCGCGCAUGGGUGAAUGGAAGGCUGACCUAUGGAAUAUUGCAGCUGUUCCGUCUCCAUCUGACGACCAGGAAACUAACCAGGCCAUCAUGUUUGGUUAUCUUGUAACUUGGUUUUUGGGAGAGAAACGACCAGUGGUGAUUGCUCACUUUCACGAGUGGCAAGCAGGUGUUGCCUUGAUUCUGAUCCGAAAACGCUAUCUCAACCUCGCAACGGUCUUCACAACACAUGCUACUCUACUUGGACGCUAUCUUUGUGCCGGUGAUGUCGAUUUUUACAACAACUUGAAAUUCUUUGAUGUAGAUGCCGAGGCUGGAAAGCGUGGCAUUUAUCAUCGAUAUUGCAUUGAGCGUGCUGCUGCUCAUUGUGCAGACGUUUUUACCACUGUUAGUCACAUCACUGCCUACGAGGCAGAGUGGCUUCUCAAACGAAAACCCGAUGGUGUUUUGCCUAAUGGUCUUAAUGUCAUCAAAUUCAGCGCCAUUCACGAGUUUCAGAAUCGACAUGCAAUCGCAAAGGAAAAGAUCCACGAAUUUGUUCGGGGCCACUUUUACGGCCACUACAACUUCAAUCUCGACAAUACUCUCUAUUUCUUUACUGCCGGACGUUAUGAGUUCCGCAAUAAGGGUGUGGAUAUGUUUAUCGAGUCGCUUGCUCGGCUAAAUGCUCGUUUAAAGGAACUUGAGUCGGAUAUUACUGUUGUAGCCUUUAUCAUCAUGCCUGCAGCAACUCAUAGCUUUACUGUCGAUGCACUUAAAGGACAAGCUGUCAUGAAACAGCUGCGUGAAACUGUCAAUGAGAUUCAAAAUUCUGUUGGACAUCGUAUCUUUGAAUCUGCAGCAAAGGGCGAGAUUCCAGAUUCUAAGAUACUCAUGGAUGAAGAAGAGAUUGUUAUGCUUAAACGUCGUAUAUAUGCUCUUCGUCUGAAACUAUUCAACUUUGCUUCGGACCGUGUCAAAGUUAUCUUCCAUCCCGAGUUUUUGAGUUCCAACAAUCCUUUGCUUGCUAUUGAUUACGAGGAUUUUGUUCGUGGCUGCCAUCUUGGUGUUUUUCCAUCUUACUACGAGCCAUGGGGAUAUACUCCUGCCGAGUGCACGGUUAUGGGUGUGCCAUCAAUUACAACCAAUCUUUCUGGAUUUGGCUGCUUCAUGUCUGAAAUGAUUUCUGUUCCAUCUGACUAUGGAAUCUAUAUUGUGGAUCGCAGACUUAAAUCUGUUGAAGAGUCGGUCAAUCAGCUGGCGGACCACAUGGUUGAAUUUUGCAAAAAGACCCGUCGUCAACGUAUCAACCAACGCAAUCGUACUGAGCGGUUGUCAGAUGUGUUGGACUGGAAGCGCAUGGGUCAAGAGUACAUCAAGGCACGAUGGGUUGCCAUUCGUCGCAAGUACCCAGCUCUGGUUGCCAAGCAUGAUGAGGAAUGUGGAGAAAACUCGGAUGAUGAUGGUAAAUCAGACUUCCAAUAUCACCAAAAAGUUCCUCGUCCACCUAGCAUGCCUGGAUCACCUCGCUUGCGAGACCGAAUUUUAUGGAUCAUUACUUUGACUUGUUGA